AAAAAGCAACAUGACAGCUAUGAGUGAAACCUCGACUUUAAAUGCUGCAGAAGGAGCAGAAACAGAGGAAGAAACUAAACUACAGAUAAUAAAAGGUGCAGCGUUCCUCACCACGGUGGCGUCUGCAGGGAUGCUCGGAGGAUUCGGCUCCACGUUAGCGCUGGCCAAGAAGAAAAGCCCCGGCUGGUUCAGUAAGGGCGUCAUGGCGACGGCGGCGGUCCCAGAGAGCGGUGCGUCUCUGGCCCUCAGAGCGCUGGGUUGGGGGUCUCUGUACGCCUGGUGUGGAGUCGGUCUGCUCAGCUUCACCGUGUGGAAAGCUCUGGGAGUUCACAGCCUGUCAGAGUUCAGACAGAAGAUGCAAUCCUUCUUCCCGUCCAUCCCGAAGACUCCCGAAGCUCCUGGAUCCGAACCUCUGGACUGGGACUCGGUCUUCAAGUCCAAGUGAAGAACCGAACGAGACUCAAAAGACUGAAAAUAACAGAAUUGACAUUUUUUCGUCUCCGGCAGCUGUUCGGACUGUUUGUGCUGAUUUCUGUGAAGCCUGAAGAGGAACCGGAGACUCUUCUGGACCAGUUUGUUUCUACUGGUUCAUGAAGAUGUCUGACUGAGCGUUCACAGCUCGGAGUUCGGAGUCUUUUAGUCGGUUUCUACAGGUGGAGACUGAAUUUCUUCUCCUGAAAUCAGCACAGAAGAGAAUCAGCUUGAAAGGACGAAACACUUAAAGGACUUUUGGUGUUUUCAUGACUGUCGUGUUUGCUUAUUUCCGAUCAUCUGAGAGGACAAGUAUCGAUUCCUACACAUCGAGCCGCCUUGAACGCACCACGAAGAAAAAGCCAAACAACAAUCAUGUAAAUCUGACAACAAUAAAAGUGCACAU